AGGACUGAUCUCGACCCAAGCGUUCGGUGAAGCGGAAGAUUCCGAAGGAGGUCCUAGAACAUCUGGUUCGAGAUUAUGGCACCACCUUUCUCAAGGCGCAGGGGUAUAAAAAUGAGCAUUGCUGGGUUUUUUUGAUCAUACAGUCCUGAUUUUCUUCCGCCUUUUAAACUUGUCACAAUGUCCUCCAAGGCAAGAGCAUUGUUCGAGCUCACCAGGCUUCACUGGUUCCCGGUGGGGAGCGACUUCACAUUUUGGCCCUUCGGUGAGACGGAAGAUGAUGCGCCGUACUUGUUCGUUCAUUGAUUAUAACUGCAUCAUGCCUAGCUUGGGGCUUUCUUUCAGCAGCCUAUCAUGUGGCAUUGCCCAUGAACGAAGUCGUGAAAAAUAUCUUGUUCUAUGCACUGUUGAGCACACUGGUACACUGUGCUGGCUGUGUUAUAAAUGACAUGCUGGACCGAGACUUCGACCGCAAAAUUGAACGUUCGAAAAACCGGCCGAUCGCAUCCGGAACUGUCACUAGGACAGAGGCUUCAGUUCUUCUGGCUGUUCUCGUUGCUGCCAUCUUUUAUAUGUUUUCGACUGCUGGCACUACAGCUCUCACGCUCGGCGUUGUUGGGCUCCCUGCUUGUGGCGGAACGUAUCCGCUCAUGAAGCGCUGGGUGUACUGGCCUUCUUUGUUCCUCGGCUUUGCGGCUAGUUUGGGCGUCCCCUUCACUUGGGUUGCUACGACGGGCCAGUUUAAUUGGAGUAUGAUUCUGAACCUUGCAAUUGCGUCGUGCUGCUGGUCAUGUCUUUACGACAUCAUUUACGCAUGUCAGGACAAGAAGGAGGACGAGAACGCGGGAGUGAAGUCCAUGGCAGUCCGUCUGGGCGAAGGCAUUCGUCCUGCAUUGAGUUUAUUUGAUCUGACGUUUUUUGCAUGCCUCUUGUGGGCUGGGUACUUGAACGGUCAGCACCUCCCGUUCUACGUGAUGGGUGUCCUCGCACCAUUCCUCCUCUGUCUCUGGCACAUAUGGUCCUUUGAUCAUAAUGAUCCCCAAGACAGCUGGAAGACGUUCCAGGCGAGUCGCCACGGCGCGGCGAUGGUCUGCGUUGGAUUGGUCGCAGACCACCACUUCAAACUCGCUUCCCUCGCUGGUUGAGCAUACACUUUCAUCCAAUGCCCACCCGUUGCAUAGUCUUUCAUGUCAAGACUUCAAUUCCAACUCGGGCACCCAUGGUACUAUACUGAAAGUCCCUUGGUUUUUGUGUGUUUUAUUUUGCUCCCUCUUUAUACUUAGAGAAUUUUAUCUUGAUUAAUGUGCUGGUACGUUGAUACACAAGGAAUGUGAUAAUCGCGUCGAGAGGGCAGGUGUGCACCGUCCUGAUGUGCUAUAUUCAUGUUGAUCUUUUAGCGAGCUGUAGCCACGUUCUGCACUGCUUCAACCCACAGAUCUGCAGUUUCGCGGGAAACCUAGUCCCAUACGAGCAGCUCCU